UGCCUUGCUCGAGACUCUGACCCUGCUCCUCUCGGUUGAGGCUCACGGGUUUCCCACACACCCCGUCGGCAGCCGCUGGAUUUCUGGAGCUGGGCAGCUGCCGGUUUCCUUAGUGAUGAGCUCUGUUGCUUGCAGCAGGGGCCUCCUCCCCGUGGCCUAAGCCUGCCUCCCCGUCUCUGGCCCUGCUCCCUCCCGUUCCCGCCAGCUCUCCGCAAGGCGCUGAGCGAGAUAGCGACCCGCAGGCCGGGGGAGCCCUGGCUGAGGCUGAACUUGGCUGGCUCUCUCUGCCACACGCUCAGCCCGGCUCCCUCCCGCCUGCCUCGGUCGCCACCCCAGGCCAUGGCCUACGCCGGCUCGGCCGUCCUGGAGGGGGACGCGGCUGCCUUCGCCGCAGCCGUCAGGAGCCUCAUCAACAACCCGCAGUUCAGCGACGUGACGUUCGUGGUGGGCAGGGAGAGGCAGGAGGUGUUCGCCCAUCGCUGCAUCCUCGCUUGCCGCUGCCAGGCCUUCCAGGGGAUGUUCAGCCAGCCCCAGCCUGAUGCCCAGGAGCCGUGGCCCCCCCAGGCCCCAUUGGUCCUCAGCCACGUGCAGCCCGAGGUCUUCCUGGCCGUUCUCGAGUUCCUGUACACCAACAGCGUGACCCUCAACAGCUUCAUGGCCCUGGAGGUGCUCACCUCGGCUGUGGAGUACGGGCUGGACGACCUGAGGAAGGUAAGGCCCUCGCCUCGCGGCCUGAGCUGCCUCUUGUUAAAUACACGGGUGCUGGGGGGACAGGACGGUCGGGUGAGGGGCGGUGAUGUCCGGCGGGCCAGGGACUGCACGUUUAGCCCGGUGGGGGGAGGGAGCGAGUGGGUGUAUUUCUGUAGGUCGACAUAG